CUGGUCUUUUGCUCUGAACAGCAGGAUUAGACGAAUGUGAAAAAAAAACCAAGAGAAAUAAAACGAGAGCAAAGACUGAAUCGAAAGACAGCGAAACAAUUGAGAAUAUUUUCUUUUAAACCUCAAAUUCAAAUUUUUGUGUUUUGUUUUUUUUAAAAGCAGGGCAGAGCAGUCAGGGUUUUAUAAAAAUGUACAAAUCGAGACAGACUGACGGCCUGAACUGUGCGAAGUUUAUAUAACAUAAGGGAGAGAGGGAGAGAGAGAGGGAGAGAGAGAGAGAGGGAGAGAGAGAGGGAGAGAGGGAGAGAGAGAGAGAGGGAGAGAGGGAUGGGUAACUGUACCAAAUCAUCAAUGAAGAACAAACUACAAAAGGGCUCGGUCGAGGGAGGAGGGGUCCUGACUGCUGCGAUGGGGGGUGUGGCCUCUCGCAUGGAGAGGGCGGAACCCGGCGAGGGGGAGGAGUUGGGGGAGGAGUCAGAGCGGGAGUUCGCUGAGCCGCUGUGUACGCUGGUUCAGAACUGCACCAUGCUGCACGGACUCGCGGGUCCAGCCUGCAUCUUCCUGCGGCAUGGCUUCGGUCAGGCACAGCUCGACAGGGAGCUGCGACCUGAGGAAAUCGAAGAGCUGAAGGAGGCGUUUAAGGAGUUUGAUAAGAACCGCAAGGGCUUCGUCAGCUGCAAGGACCUGGGGGAGUGCAUGAGGACCAUGGGAUACAUGCCCACUGAGAUGGAGCUGAUCGAACUGAGCCAGCAGAUCAGUGGCGGGAAGGUGGAUUUCGAUGACUUUGUGGAGCUGAUGGGCCCCAAGAUGCUGGCAGAGACUGCGGACAUGAUCGGGGUGAAGGAGCUGAGGGACGCCUUCAGACAGUUUGACUCUAACAAGGACGGUCAGAUCAGCACAGCGGAGCUCAGAGAAGCCAUGAAGAAGCUGAUGGGGCAGCAACUGAACCCCCGAGAGAUCGACGAGAUCGUGAAGGACGUGGAUCUGAACGGAGACGGGCUGGUCGACUUCGAGGAGUUUGUGCGCAUGAUGUCUCGCUGAGUCCCCAGUCUGUCUGUCUCAAUCUGGGGGGGGACAAACACAUCUGGACAACGUCCAACACUGGAAACCAGGGACUGACACGAGAGAGAGAGAGAGACCCAGACAUGCAAAACACAAUUCUGAACUUUUAUCUUUAGACACAAGUAUUUUAUUCCAUCUUAUUUAUUCCACAUCGUGUUUCUUAACACUGUUUUAUUGUUUUUCUGUGCGGUGGGGCUGGCUCCAGUCUCGCAGUCAAGAAACUGGCGCCAUGUUGGCUCCUGUAGCAGCCGCUGCUUGUGCUAAACUAUAGGCAUCUUGAGCCAAAAUGGCCACCGCCGGUCUGCAGUUUCAUCUCAUCUGCAGGAGUGUCGAGAAGCGCCCCCUCUGGUGGCUAACGUCUGCCAUUGCAAGGUAGAAUCCGUUAUUGUAGAACACUCUGUUUCAGGGGCGAGAGGAGAGGGAUUCUGUUUACAGGUUCGUGCAGGUCUGCUCGUUUUCAGGGUCCUCUCUGUGUUUAACGAGAGCCUGUCUAAGCAAGAUCGGUCUUUUAAUAUCGACCACAGCCCAUAAUACUCCUCAGCACCACACUGGAGACGGCAGCUGUUUACAGAGCUCAAAAAUAAACAGAAAUGCACCGGAUUCAACACACAGGGGAACAAAUCCCAGCUCAGCCUCUGACUCCCUGUGUGUGUGUGAGACUCUGAGCAAGUCACUGAACCUCCUUGUGCUCCGUCCUUCAGGAUGAGACGUCAAACAAACAAGCUCCUAUUGGAAGUGACUCUGCAGCAGCCACUGACUCCCUGUGUGUGUGUGUGUGACCCUGAGCAAGUCACUGAACCUCCUUGUGCUCCAUCCUUCAGGAUGAGACGUCAAACAAACGAGCUCCUAUUGGAAGUGACUCUGCAGCAGCAGCAGCAGCAGUUGUUGAUGAUGCAGAGUUCACCCCCCUAGUCUCUGGAAGUCUCUUUGGAUAAAAGCGUCUGCUGAAUGACCUAAAUAAUAAAGACAAGCGACCAGCUCACUUGUGGCUCAAACCUGUUGAUAGAAUCCCCCUCUCUCACAGACCCGCUGGGAUUUCCUUACGCUGUGUGGGGCGAGUGUUCCACAUGAAUGAGAGCAGCAUUUUAAAACUGGCAGCAUCUCCAACUCUGGUCAAAAGUCUUGCAUCAUCACCCUCUAGAAUGAAAGCUGCUGAAUAAUGUUCCCUUGUUAACAUAUUGAAUUCCACCCCCUCUAUAUAGAAUGAACUCACUCAGCUUCAUAGAGUCCAAUGAAAGCUGCUGAAUAAUGUUCCCUUGUUAACAUACUGAAUUCCACACCCUCUAUAUAGAAUGAACUCCCUCAGCUUCAUAGAGUCCAAUGAAAGCUGCUGAAUAAUGUUCCCUUGUUAACAUAUUGAAUUCCACCCCCUCUAUAUAAAAUGAACUCCCUCAGCUUCAUAGAGUCCAAUGAAAGCUGCUGAAUAAUGCUCCCUUGUUAACAUAUUGAAUUCCACACCCAGCACUUUGUAUAGUUUUCCCAUCUACUUAAACAAAAAAACUGACGUUGAAAAAUGUGACAUUUCAAAAUCCAACAUGAAGUACUACUGUACUACGAUCAUGGGUUCCGGUAGACUUUUUUUGUGAUAUCAGUUUGUAGUUUCUUUGUUCAGAAGAUGUUAAAUAAAAAGUAUUUAAAAUUUA